CAGCGCUAUGUUCCAGGUGUACGUUACAUCUGGACUUUACCCCUUUUAGUGUGUCGUAUCUCAUAAUGUCCUCCUAGUUGAUUUUUCGAAGCAUCACUUACUCUGUACUUCAUUUUCUGCCAUAAAGAUAUCGUAUUUUCGGUUUCCUGUUACCUUGUUCAAUGUCAGUACACAUAGAAAAGACACCCCAUACAAAUUACAGUAAUAAUCUCAAUGAAAGUCACGAAUUCAAAGCGGAAUCCCAAGAAAAAGGAGAUGGUCAAAAGUCUAUAGAAGUUGCAGAGUAUUUAUUAAAUAAAAAAUUCUUUUUAUCUGCACUCGAAUAUUAUUUUGAACAAUUGGAACGUGGCAAAAGUAUAAAAGUUUUACAUGAAUUCUUUACAAGUCCAAAUUUUGUUGAUAAUUUGAACUUAUCUUCUGCUGAUUCAUCUAGUUUAUUAAUAGGCAAAUAUCCAAGUCUAUCUUCUUUGGGUUCGUCCGACAUUGGACGUAUAUCAGAUGAUGGGAAUACACUUGAAGAAAAAUUAAAAGUGCUUGAAUAUGAGUUGCGUAAGAAAAAUGAUGAAAUAAGUGCAUUACGGAAUGAAUUAACUAAUUUGGUAGCGUGUGGAUUUAAAACUGAUGCAACGUCUUUACAAAUUUCAGAUUCAACUUUGAACAGUCAUUUUCGAUCGAAUUUCAAUAAUGGUGGUACUCAAAAAACCCUGCCACAUGAAUUACGUGCAAUAUCAUUUUUAAUUAAUGAAUAUUUAUUGGAACAAAAUUUUCGUUUAACUGCAAUACAAUUUGCUGAAGAAGUUGAAGAACAUGGUUUGCCUAGUUUAGAAUCAUGGUAUGAAGUUGCAGUAAAUUUACGCAAACCUCCUAGCUUAUUAUCUUUACUUCGAUCAUAUUGGCAUCCAAUGACUGUUUCACAGUCAUCAUCAUCACAAAUUUCAUCAAAUCGAUUAGAUGUAUCCUCGGCCAGUUGUAAAUUUUGUGAAGUUGCUAGUCAAACUGAAUCGGAUCCAAUUGUUUAUACUGUUACAGCUGGUUUCAAUGAACAACAUUCUUCAAUGGAAAUUCAAGCUAAAAAUGAAGAGAUUUCAUCGUUAAAAUUCAAAAUCAAUCAUUUAGAAUCACAAUAUUCAACCGCUUCACAAAAAAUCAAAGAUUUACAUAAUAAACUAAUCUGUCUUAAACGUGAACACAUUGAAAUGAUAGAUAAAACAUUAUUAACUAAACAUACUACUACAAAAAAUGCAAACACUACUGUAGUGAAGGUGAAUGAUUCAGAUGAUGAUUGCAAUGACCAAUCAAAUCUCAGUGAUAAUGACAGUGUUUCAUAUUCUUCUCCUGAAAUAUAUGGUUUUCCCGAUCGAACUGACAAAUCUCGUCGUAAAUUAUCUAAAGAAUUUUCCAAAUAUAUUGCUCAUUUAUUACCGGAUGAUGAUUUAAUGCUGAAUGAAAUGAAUCAUAAUUUUCAUUUAACUGAUUCAUUAGAUGAAUUUGUCACAUUUUCAGCUCAAUAUAUUGAAAAAAUUUUACCAUAUUUAAUUGAUAAAGGCAAAUUAAUAUUUCUUCCUUUAUUAGUUCAAAUUAUUUGUUUACAUUCCAAUGCAUCAGUACGUGAUCAAUUUCUAUGCUUAUUAUUUGAUCUUCUUUCAUCAUCUACCUCAUCCUCCACUACCACAUCAAUAUCGUCCUCGUCAAUUGAGCAUAAAAUCUCAAUGGAUUUUAUGAAUUCACCAAGUCUUAUUAAAAUGAAUACUGGUGGUGGUGAUUCAAUUGGUCAAAUAAAUCAUGAUGAAUUCUCUAAGCAUAUAUUAAAUACUUUACGAUUAUUAGCUUCAUAUUUAGGUCCUGCUCGUUUGGAAGGUGAACUGUUACCAGGAUUAUGGUUACAAAUAAAUAAAUGUGCAAUAUCUGAUCUAUCUAAAAGACUUCUUUUAUUAUCAGCAUGCGGUGUAAUUGCUCCUCAUCUUCCGUCGCAUUUACAAUCUUCCAUCAUGUUAAGUAUUAUUGAAUCGAGUUUAGAUGAAGAACGUCAUCCAACAGUAUUAGCAGCCAGUAUACGUUCUCUAUCAUGUUUAAUUAGUUCCAUGUCAGAUUCACAUAAAUUGCCACAAAUUAUACGUCGACUUAAUGCAUUACUUAUUCAAACAAUAAAUAUAUUUAAUGAUGUGCAACAAUUGAAAUUAUUUUAUUUAUCCAAUAAACACUCAUGGUCAUCAUCAUCGUCAGCGGUAACAUUCACGACGACAACGACAAUGACAACGACGACAACAGUGCAAUCAUUAUGGAAUCCUAUAUAUCAUACUACAAUGAAUUAUUUUCUAUCCUCUAUAGCUCAAUGGUGUUUAGAAUUAGAUUCAAUUGAACAAAUUCUACUUAAUCCAUGGUUAAUUCAUUUUGAUAAUUAUAUUUUAGUAAGUUUAUUCUUUUGA